AGAUAAUAGUAGUAGCUAGUACUACAGGGUCUCUUCACCAUGGUCAAGUCUGCUUUGCUUUUCCUCUCCCUCUGCUUUCUUGUGUUGUGUCAUGUUUGUGUAGCCUAUAGGCACUCUCAGCAGCAAUCAUGGCAAAGGCAGCAACAUCAACAGCAACGCCGGUUCCGAGGGCAAAGAGAGUGUCAAGUUCAGGACCUCUCGGCUCUCGAACCCAAUACACGGAUUGAGUCGGAAGGCGGGGUCACCGAGUACUGGGAAGAGAACAACCAACAGUUGAAAUGCGCUGGCGUUGCCGUGAUUCGUCAUGUCAUCGAACCCAAAGGCCUCCUCUUGCCUUCAUACACCAAUGCUCCUAAGCUCACCUACAUCGUCCAAGGUAGAGGUUUUACCGGAGUUGUCUUCCCCGGUUGCCCUGAAACAUACCAAUCAUUCCAACAAUCCCAACAAUCAGAAGGAAAUGGAGGAAGUCGGAGGUAUGAAGAUUUUCAUCAGAAGAUCCGAAACUUCCACCAGGGUGAUGUCAUAGCCUAUCCGGCUGGGGUAGCCCAUUGGUGUUACAACGAUGGUGAUACACCGGUCAUUGCUGUAACUGUCAUCGACACUAGCAACAAUGCCAACCAGCUCGAUCAGAAUCUCAGAAAAUUUCAACUCGCCGGAAACCAAGAGAAUCAACAAGAAAACACCAGCCAGCAGAAAUCAACAAACAACAUUUUCAGUGGCUUUGACAUUGAGACACUGGCUGAGGCUUUCGGUGUAAGCACAAAAACGGCGAGAAAGUUACAGGGCCAUGACGAUGACAGAGGUGAGAUUGUGCUAGUCAAUGAUGGCCUAGGAAAUGCUCGUUCUCAAAUCGUUGGAGAGAACGGUAGCCUGGUGUUCGAUGGCGAGCUAUGUGAAGGUCAACUUCUGGUAGUGCCACAAAACUUCGCAGUGUUGACACAAGCUGUAAAUGAAGAGUUCAGGUGGAUCUCCUUCAAGACCAGUGACAAUGCAUGGAGAAGCGCACUUGCUGGAAGGAACUCAAUUAUGCGGGCAAUGCCAGAGGAGGUGUUGAUGAACUCAUAUCAUAUCUCAAGAGAAGAAGCAAGAAAUUUGAAGUACAACCAAGAGCAGAUGGAGGUGUUAAGUCCAAGGACACGGUCAUGGGGGCAGCCUUCAGCUUAA